AUGGCGUCUUCAUACCCUAACUUUCAGAGUCAAGGCACGUAUUCAACAGACCUUUCUCGAGCUUUUCCCAUCGUCUGUCAAAAGGCAAAAAGUGGCGUUCAAUUGUGUCAUGCAGUAGCAACUUUUGUUACGGAGCGUGCAGGAAUGGAAAAGAAUUAUGCUCAUGCAUUGCUGAAGCUUGCACAGACUGCAAAGGUUGAAGAUUGGUCAGAACAACUUACAAAGUGUUGGAAAACGUUUCGAGACGUCAUUGAGCAUUUGGCUCAAGAACGAUGGGCAUUUGCAUCGACCAUGCAGACGACUAUUAUACCUGGUGCAAAGGCCUUUGUGGCACAGCAGGAAAUUCAGGUUCAGCGACUGAUUAAAGAGGGGACCAAGAUGCGCUGGGCUCAGCAGCAAAUGUUUUCUUCGCUGGACAAAGCAAAAGAAAAGUAUAACCGCAAGUGCCAAGAAGCAAUUGAUAUGAUUGCAACGGUGCGGAGAAAUAACAACAUGCCAUCGACAGAUGCCAGCUCGUCGUCCGGUGACUCGUCAGCCUCGAAGGAACUGACGGAUAAACUGACAGCAGGUGCUGGGCACCUACUGACGAAAAUGUGGGAUACCACGUCUGCGUUUGGACGCAACCCGCUCGAACGACAACGCUCCAAGUUGUACAAUUGUCUUGAAGAGGUUAUCGCCGCAGAAAAACACUACAUUCAGACUGUGGAAUACACAAAUGUGCAGCGUCUUAUUGUUGAGCAGAAGAUUAGCGAAAAUUUGCAAGCAUUACAGCUGACGGAAGAACAGCGGCUUGCAUACAUUCGAGAUGUUCUCAUGCGAAUGCAAAACGCGUUUGUGGAUAUGUUUUCACGAUCUCAACAGUUCGUUGGGCAAAUGAAAGUAAGUGCUGACGAAGUUGAUGAAUUGGCUGAUAUUAAGAAAGGUUUUCAAAGUCUGGAAACCUUAGAGAAGAUAGGUGAUAAUCGAGCAGAUCUGUCGAUCAAUCCUUUUUAUCUUCGCAUGACGCGUAUCCAAGCGAUGUCAGAUGAUGGUCAUCGUAUGAUAGAAACUAUCAAUGCAGCUGUUGAAGCGCUUAUUACUAGUGAAAAUCGAUUUUUGCAGUCGCUGCGCAAAUUACUCCGGGCUCAUGAGAAAGGUGGUCUGUUUACGUCUUCCGAUCUCUUUAGUGCAUCAUCAUUCAACACACAUUUAAACUUCCUGGCCGAUGAAGGUGCAACGAUGACGAAUGGAUGGAUGACAGUGAAGGAUCAAAUGAAACUUCUCUUGGAAGUUCAUCAGGAAUUUAAAUCGCUACUUGCCGAGCCCGUGUCGCUUUUGCUUGACACCAUGAGAAGGGAGUACGAGAGUAUCCGAGUUUCAACACAGGAAAAGUUCUUGAAGAUGCACUCAACACUAUGCAAUGAAACAGCUGCACACAAAAGGCUUCAGCAAAAACUUGAUACGAGAUCCCAGGAUUUUGUAACGGGCUAUUCCUGUUUGCCAGGGUCAGCGCGUGUGAGCACUAAUUCCUACGGUAUUGAAGCCACGCAAGCCCUGAAUUUGCUGAAUAUCAAUACGGAUUCAUUUAACGAGAAAGAGCGGCGAUCAGAAGCCAAGCUCAGGCAGCUUGCAUUAGAAAUUCGGUUGUUGCAAACACAACUUGCCGAUAGCAUAAGCUCUAUACGACAGACUUACCAAACGUAUACACAGAAUGUCGAGGUGCUCGUUGCGACAUAUAUGGAAAACGAGAAGUAUCGACUUCAGGUGAGCAAGAACUUGCUACAAUCAUUGGCCAAAGCUAUUGAGCAUAUGCUGUGUGGUGGCGCAUCAGUUGGAAACAAGGCGCUUGUGGAAUUUGAAAAAAUUGACCCGAGCAAAGACAUUGCUGAGUUUAUUCGGAUAAACCGACAACCGGUUGAACAGAGCGAGCAAGUCGUGGCAAAGUGCCACGGCAACGACACCCUAAGUGUAGUCAUGCAGGAAUAUCUCGUGUCUCUUGGUGAAUCGUCACCGGAAAACGCAGAACAACUCCCUCGUAGUCCUACCGACAGCAUUUGUUCAUCAGCUGUCAGUAAUGGUGCCUCGUCGUUAUCUGAGAAAGUUUCUUUGCGUGCGAGUACUUCACUGACAGAAGAUGAAGAUACCACCUUGACCAAGGAGCACAUUGCAGGCGAACUUUGUGUCUCUAGCGAUAAUGAAAGGUCUAGGACGGAGCAGGACGACAAAUAUACCGAAGCGCAGCCUUUAAGGGGUUCCAACUUUCAAAAGCAGUUCAAGUUGGAUUCGCCGGAGCAAGUCGUCGAAAGUUUUUCAUGUGCUCUAUUCCUGUCUAACUUUCCGUUCCAUGGACGAUUGUAUCUGACAAAGAACCGAAUAUGCUUUUCCGGGUGGAGAGACACAAUAUUUGUUGCUUCAUUCUCAGAGAUUACAGCGAUGGAAAAGAAGAACACAGCACUGAUUGUUCCUAAUGCUAUUGAGAUCACCGUGAAAGGCGAGAAAGUGUUUUUCACUUCAUUCAUAUUUCGUGAUGAAUGCUUCUUGAGUAUCCAGCAAUUACGUUUCAUCAAGAAAGAGACUGAAGCGCUCAUGUCAGAUACAGCAAAGCAACCAGGCGAUACGAUAGACGCAACACCCGCUGAGGGUCACCGUGAUUCAUCGUUGCAUCUUUCGGAUUCGAUGGCAUCAACUGGAACACUUGUGAUUCCAGACAAAGAUGUUUUGCUCCAUGAAUUUGAUUUGCUCCUUGACGAAGAAGUCGCAUUCAGCGUUGAGACUGCUUUCUCGACAUUAUGGAUCAAGUCUGACACUUUCAUUCGUAACCUGCUUCAUGCUGCUGGCAUGACGGGCAUAUCAUUACCUCCUUGGGAAAAGAAAACGAUUUUGUAUACAGCUGUGAGCAAGUUGGACACGUUUGAUGCUUCUCGGUUGGUUUCGUAUACCCAUAACAAAAAGUACAUGGUAGGACCCAGUGUCAUUCCAACAUCUCAAACCCAACGCUAUGCGUACACACCCGGCAGUCAACUCAUUGUGAGCACAACGACGUGUAUUUCCGAUGUACCAUACUGCGACUACUUUCGCGUUGAACAUCGAUGGGUCUUCAGUGCUACAAAACAGCCACGUGUGAGCUUAUUACAGGUGGGGAUUCACGUACAAUGGUUGAAAAGCACGUGGUUAAAGAAACAGAUUGAAAGUACCGCUGUUUCCGAAGCUAAGGACGCUGUGAAAGCGUGGUUGGAUGCAGCUCUUAAUGCAACGAAGCAUAAGGUAUCAAAUGAAAGCAGUCCCGUUCAUUCCGUGGUGGCAGAUCCAUUGGUGUCGAUUGAAACACAAGACGAGAGCUCCUUGAACAAUUUCCCACCCCAUCAUGCGGAUCCAAUGAGAUUGCCAUCAACUGGACUAUUGCAUACGAAAGUUGGAUCGAUCAUUGACAUACCGGCAGAUCUUCAUUCACCUCUUCCAAAGGUUAUUAUUGUCGGUAUGCUAGUGUUCAUCUACACAAUGUAUCAAGUAUGUGCUGCACUGAAUCAAAUGCAAACAUUGGCACAAGAGUCGCUCAUUCAGCAGCGUCAACAAUAUGAAUUGCUUAAGGAAAUUUUAGAGAAACUUGGAAGCAGAUAA